AAAUAAACUUGCCUUGCCUUGAAUUGAAAUGAUUCAAAUGUAGACGUAUGCAUUAACUCUGGCAGCUAUUUCUCCCACAGUUUUACAGCUGUGUUGAUCUUUUUUUGGAAAAUGUGCUCGUAGUCGGCAUAUGCUUGUAGGAACUCGUUAAUUUCUGUCACAGUGAAGUUUAAAACCCUAAAGGUGUUUGUCCCCGUUGCCAUGGUGAAUCGUAAUGUCUUUGCUCUAUUGAUCAGAGCUUUUAAUGACCGCGACACUUGCACCUGAUUCUGGUUCCAACAACUUCAAGUUGAUUGAAUCAACUCUUUUCAGCUGAUCUGAAACUAUUAAGUUUGAUAAUUUUGAGUCAGUGAACUCUGAGUUCAGGUUUGAACUCUAAAUUUGUUUAUUUAAUUUCCUCCAGACUGUUACAAGUUAUUAUUCCAGAUGGAGAACAGGUGGAGGAGGGCAUGCAGAUUGUGAUUGGCAGAGAAGAAGAGACUAUUUAGCUAUUGGUUCAAAGUGAAGGCCUAUUUGAUAAUGGUGUGUAGAGCGACGUAACAUCCCAGCAUUAGUGAGGUUGAUCUUCCUUAUGGAAAUUCCACCAAAACUUCAUUAUGUUAUGGUAUCACCAAAUGCUUUUACUGUGAUUAUCUUAACGCAUUAUAAAAAUCUACUAAACUAAUGUUAAUUGAGUAUCUCAGUAUUUCCUCUUCCCUAAACUGGCAAGUUUUCAAGUUUCAGAAAAUUAAGACUGGAGUAAUUAUUAGUAUUGCAGAAUGAUGAAAAUGCAGAUGGUUGGACUGGAUAAAAAUAUUUGCUGAGAUUUCAACGUAGACUUCUGGGAUUAAUACUUAAAAAAAAAACUAGAAGUGAAACAAUGUCCUUUUUAUUUUUAGGGGAUGAGCUGCAACCCUAAUUUUACUCGUUUGACGUCAACACAAAAUAAAAAAAUUGUCAGGGAGUGUAAGAGUCCAACAUCUGAUAGUUUUUUUAUUUUUCCAGGUAAAUUACUGUGAUGGGUUUGAUCCAUUUCAAACAAAAUUUGCAAAGUAACAUUCGUUUUUUUUAUACUUUUAAAGCUCUGUCUGGAGUGGAUCACACCUUUCUUCCUCGUGUGUCAUGUAAAAAUUCACGGAGGAACAGAAACUUGCAGUAUCCUGUCUCAAUAAUCGUCUCCAGUAAGCAGGAAGUGGUGCUUUAAAAACAAAAUUUGAUCACAUUUAUUCCUGCUAACUUUUUUGAGUGAAGUGUGUACUUAUUUUGUUAAAAAAUAAACAUUUUAAAAUCCAAGAGGCCAUCUAAUUUACUGGAAACUCUACAAAAGGCUUUAAUAUAUAUUCAAAUUCAUGUCUCAGGAGAGCAGCUUUCAGCUGAAUGCAAAAGGAUGUUUGUGGUUGUCUAUCAAAGACCUGCAGCUUCCGUUACUUUUAAGUGAUCUGUGAAAUUUUUUUUGAAAUAAAACUGAAACUUUUGUUUCAUUAAUGUGUAAAUGUAUGGCAGCAAAUGAGUAUUAUAAAAAAUAGCUUACACGAUGAGUAUUUUUCAUUUCCAAAAAGUUUACUUGUUUAUCAGCAUUCACAGUUGUUUAUGCUGUCAUUAUUACAAGCAUUUUAACUUCUUUAAACGGCAUUUCCCUUUUUUAGGACUCAACAGCAGUUAAGGUCAUAUGCACGCAUGCAUCUAACGAACACAUUUCCUGUUGCUUCAUUACCACAAAUAACAAGGGCGACAGGAAAGCUGCUGUCCUGAGGUGAGGUCUAAAAUCACUUCUUGUUCACGCCCAUUUUGACUGCAUCAGUUUCUUUCUCUAAGCCUUUCAAUGCAGCGGAUGCAUGAUUCAACUCGUAAGCACAUUGGGGCUUGAUGGAAAAUGCGGCUUUUCACGGUGCUAGUUGUCAUUUAUUUGUCUGCUGCUGUUGCAGCUCAGGACUCCAACACAGCUUCAACAACCGUUCUUCAGCCCUCAACCGUCUUUGAGCCUCCUCAACCCGACCUGCAGCUGGUGUCUGCUUUCUCAGUAGCAUACUCCACUGAGAAAGUCGUGUUGAAAUGUGUCAUUGAUAGCAGCUCUGACUGGAAUAUCAGGUGGAACAGAAAUAACUCAGAAAUACAUGGUUCAGAUUUUUCUUUGUCCGAAGAAAACUCUAAACUCACAAUCACAGUGGAAACAUCAGCAGUCUACACGUGUCAAGGUGAACACAAGACCAAGAGCGUCCUGACUAAAGUCAGUAACCCGCGUCAAAUCGACGUUCAAGAACUGCCUAGACCUACUCUGACACGACAAAGUCCCUGGGCAGAUGUUUUUGAGACGGAGUCAGUCACAUUCAGCUGUCAAGUUCCUAUCUCUGGCUGGUCGUUCUCCUGGUACAAAAAUGGAGAAAAACUGGGAGAAAACACAGAAUUACUUAGUAUCAAUGAUGUCACUAAGGAUAAUCAAGGAAGUUACACCUGCAAAGUUCACCAUCAUUCCAGAAACCUCAGCUCCAAAGACAGCAAUCCCGCUAUGCUAAACGUUUAUUCGGAAAAGGCUAAGCCACAUGUAGCCAUCAUUAAAGCCUUCGAACCGAUGUACCCUGGUGAAUCCAUUGAAUUCAGCUGUAGGAUCACCAUUGCCACUGGUUGGGAUUACGUGUGGUACCUUAAUGGGAGUGAAAUUCCAGCAGCCAACAAGGACACUUACAAGAUAGACACCAUCGAUCACUCGAACAGUGGGCAGUACUUCUGUAAAGUCAAAAGGGGUUCUUUUUUCUCAGAAGAGAGUGAUAAACUGCCAUUCCAGGUCUCUGAGCUGCCUAAGCCGACUCUGAAACUACAAAGUCCGUGGUCAGAUGUUUUUGAGAGGGAGUCGGUCACAUUCGGCUGUCAAGUUCAUACCUCUGGCUGGACGUUCUCCUGGUACAAAAAUGGAGAAAAACUGGGAGAGAACACACAAUUACUUAGUAUCGAUGAUGUCACUAAGGAUAAUCAAGGAAGUUACACCUGCAAAGUUCACCUUCAGUCCAGACACCUCAGCUCCAAAGACAGCAACGCCAUUAUCCUAAACGUUUACUCGGAAAAGGCUAAGCCACAUCUAACCAAAAGUCAAAGCUUUGAAACCAUGUACCCUGGUGAAUCCAUUGAAUUCAACUGCAGUGUCAGAGUUGCCACUGACUGGAUUUACAUGUGGUACCUGAAUGGGAGUGAAAUUCAAGGAGUCAACAAUCACAUCUAUCGGAUUGACAAAAUUGAUCACUCGAACCACGGACACUACUUCUGCAAAGCCAAAAGGGGUCAGUUCUUUUCAGAAGAGAGUGACAAACUGUCCCUGCAGGUCUCUGACCCACCUACCCCCACUCUGAAGAUGGUGACUAAAUGGAAAGAUAUGUUUGAAAAUGAGAGAGUGGAAAUGAGCUGUGAUGUAGGCGUUUCUGACUGGUCGUUCAGUUGGUACAAAGAUAAUGUUAAAAUGAAUGACGAAACGUCAAACCUCAGAAUCCCUUCAGUUACUCAGAGCAAUAAAGGAAGAUAUGCAUGCAAAAUUCACCUGAAACCCAGAGGUGUCAGCUCGGGAUUCAGCAAUUCGGUUGAAAUCAGCAUUUAUGCGGAAAAGGCUAAGCCACAUGUAACCAGAAGUCAAAGCUUUGAAACCAUGUACCCUGGAGAAUCCAUUGAAUUCAACUGCAGUGUCAGAGUUGCCACUGACUGGAUUUACAUGUGGUUCCUGAAUGGUAGUGAAAUUCAAGGAGUCAACAAUCACAUCUAUCGGAUUGACAAAAUUGAUCACUCGAACCACGGACAGUACUUCUGCAAAGCCAAAAGGGAUUCGUUUUUUUCAGAUGAGAGUGAUAAACUGUCCCUGCAGGUCUCUGACCCCCCACAACCAAGUCUGAAGCGUUUGACUUCCUGGUCGGACGUGUUUGAAAAAGAGAAGGUGGAGAUGAGUUGUAACGUGAGCGAUCCGACCUGGACGUUCACGUGGUAUAAAGAUAACAAGAAGCUCCAAAAGACCUCCUCACUGACCUGGGAUGAAAAAGGCUCAAAACUCACCAUCAGUUCAAUCGCUCAAGAUCACCGUGGAAACUAUGCCUGCAAAGCUAACCUCGCACUGAGAGGAGUCAUCUCUAAAUCCAGCAUAGAACUACAUCUAACAGUUUACGAAAGUUUACCUCUUCCAAAGCUGGCAAAGAAUCCGAAUUUUAAUCUAAUGUAUGUUGGAGAAAAUGUGGCCUUCACUUGCAAAGUAUCUGUGUCCUCUGGAUGGGAGUAUAAGUGGUACAAAGAUAGUGAUGUGUUAGCUAACACUAACCAAAGCAUCACUAUUAACCUGGGUCUGCAACAUAAAGGGACGUAUUGGUGCAGUGCCAGCAGAGGUGACAUUUCAAAUCUCCACAGCAAUAAAAUACGUCAAGAUGUUGAAGAAAUUCCUGUGCCAGAGCUGAAGCUGAAGAACAAGCAGUCGGAUGUUUUCCCCAAGGAAAUGGUUCAACUGAGCUGCAUGAUGCCAAACAGCUCUGGCUGGACAUACACGUGGUACCGAGACGGGGGGCUGAUUCAAGCCGAUAACAAUGUGGUUAUCGGCACAAAUGGAGCCACUAUUUCCUUUCCUUCUGACCCUUCUCUUCAUCAAACUCAACCAUAUACCUGUGAAGCAGAGCUGAAACACAGGUCUGUCCGCAGCAACUUUAGCUCUACUGUCACACUGCAGGUUUACGAUGCACUUCCCAACGUCACACUGCUGCAAAGUCCUGAACACAGUUUACUGCACAGUGGCGACUCAGUCUCCUUCAGCUGUAAUGUCGACAUCUCCUCUGGAUGGGAAUUCCUGUGGUACAAAAAUGGAGCUCAAAUUAACAAGGGUAACCAGCACAACAUCAGCUCUGCUCAGGUCAAAGAUGAGGGAUCAUAUGCGUGCCGGGCAGAAAGGGAAUCCUUUUUGCUUGGGAAGAGCGAGGACAUGAAAAUUAAAGUUAAAGAGCGUCCAGAAGCUGAAAUCAUCUUGUUGACGGGCUGGGGAGAAGUCCUCUCCACAGACAGCUUAGUGCUGCAGUGCAAAGUGGAGGAAUCGGGGUACAAGUGGAACUACACCUGGUUUAGAGGAGAUGUAGCAGUCGGAGAGGUGCCAGCAGAGAAGUAUAUAGUUACACCCCAGAAUGACCCAGACCAGAGCCAGUACAGCUGCAAAGGCAUCCGUUCCGAGAGACCGACCUACUCCAAAAACAGCCCACUCUUCAAAACCAAGAACCUCUUGUUAAAAAGGAGGAUUCUUCUUUCCAUCUCUGGCUGCCUCUUCUUUGGGAUCAUUCUUGCUUUUCUCGGAUGUAUUUACUUCAAAAUCCGUAAACCAGUUGUUGCUGAAGAGAAGCCAGAAGAAAACGAAUUGUUUCUCACCUUGAAAAAACAAUUAGAACAUACUGAUAAUCCAUGUCCACUGGUUGAAUAUAUCACCGAUAAGGCUUUGAAUGAGGCACCCAGAGAAAGCGAUGGCCUGAUCAGCAGUGAUAGCACAGAGCUGACAAUAACCACCCAGGAAGACCAAGCUGCGGUUUCCAGUGCAACGGAAAAUGGUGGUGCCAUGAUUUCCUUUCAAAAAGUGAGCUAAAGCAACAGUUUUUGCCCCGCCCAAGCCAAGGAGGCCCAGAUGAUGAUUGCACAUCACUAUGGUGUUGAAAUAGCAGCACAUGCACAGUUUUUAUGUACAUUUUAAGAAAAUGGCCAAUUUAGCUGGUAUUACAUUCUGAAGUAAGCUUGUAUUCUGUGUAGCUUUGUUUCAAUUUAUUUUCAGACACACCUAGUAAAACAGUGUAUGUGGUUUUUACUUGUUUUAUAUGGUUGCUUUGUAAAUUAAACUGUGUGGGUAUUUAUGUUUUUACAGCUUUGGUUGCAGUUCCAUGAACAACCACCAGGUAGUGGCAAAGAUAACUUUUAAGAAGCUUUUUUUUAUGUUUUGAAUUGUAAUGCUUUGUUUUUGUAAAAUUGCAGGUUGUAAAUAAUUAUGUUUCUCUAUAUAUUAUUUUUAAAUAAAAAGUAUAAAAUAUU